UUUACUCUUUUGCAAAAUUCACGGAAUAGCAACACACGUUCCACAGGAAUGGUUCAUUUGAGUUAGCGAGCUAGCAAACUGGCUACUUAAACCGGUUAUAUCAAGGUUGUGUUACUAAAGUGAAUAUGUCUGCUGGUUUACUCAUUAUCUAUUGACUGAAGAUGGCUGAUGUUAUUGACGACAAGAUCAAGAACUACAGAACGGCUCCAUUCGAUGCCCGUUUCCCAAACACUAACCAGACAAGAAACUGUUUCCAGAAUUACCUGGACUUCCACAGGUGUAAUAAGGCUUUGUCAAGCAAAGGGCAGGACACUUCUCCCUGCGAAUGGUAUCAGAGAGUCUACCAGAGCCUGUGUCCAAUGAGCUGGGUGGAGAGAUGGAAUGGGCAGAUUGAGGAUGGAAGCUUCGCUGGAAAGAUCUAAAUGGUUGCUGUUACUUUCAGUUCAAGAACUCCCAACCUUUUGUAGAGUACCACAUAAUAUGUUAUCCCUAGACGAUGUGGUCUUAGUUAUUGGUUUGCCUGCUGGAGGCUGAAAGCUCAUUCUGAGUGGGCUUUGGAAACCUAAGUCCUACAUUUACACUGAUCUGUGUCACUCUACAUCCUACUGUUGCAAUUUACAAAAUAAAAACGCACAAUUUCAUCUAAA